CUUCGACGUCUCAGAGAGCUCCUGCUUCUCCUACUCCCACGAGUCGCUCUCAAGCACCUGCUCCUUCGCCCACUCGUAUAACUCAGUCGCAAUCCAUGGUUACUCCUGCGAAGCCCACUGUUAACGGUAAGACUACCAAUGGACCAUUCCCUGUUUCCACGAACAAACUAGAGACACCUCGACUGCGCACCAAUGGUCUUCCCAUUAAGCCCACUCUACCAGCAGUUCCUUCUCCUCUCAGGCAAGCCUGGGGUCAGAGUGAUUCUCCUCCUUCCAACUCUCCCCCGAGAAGGCCUACAAAGGCUGCGAACUUCAUGGCAGACCUCAUUAAGGAGGUCACUCCUCCUAAGAAGGCAGACGUAUCGAAUCCCUAUCAAACUGCAAGUCCCGUUAAACCACCGCCAAAGAAACAGACCGCAAAGAAAUUGAGGUCUACUCGAUCGACAGAGCAGAAGCAGACUGAGAAGGAGAAGGCGAAAGAGCCAGAAUUAUCCACCCAGGCAAUUAUUGAAGCCACGGUACCUAAGGGAAGUAAACGGGCGAGACCUCCACCGGAGUUAGAGACUUCAGCCUCUGCUCAGCCUGCUGAAACUGCGACUUCUCCACCAAAGUUCCCUGGCAGUCCCCCUCGCAGAAGCCCCAGGAAUCAGGCAAGCGAUUUACCUCCUGCCAACGGUUCUGCUGGUUUGGACAGAUCGUUGAAGCCUGCGCCUACGCUCCAA